ACACUUUAACCAUUCCCAACAUUGGGGUAGGAACUAUACUAGGUAGCACAUAAGACUAUAGAUAAAUAAUGAAGAUGAUCCCUUCUUCAGAAUCCCUGCUUUCCUUUUUUGACUUAGAUACUUCUUAUGCAACUAUAGUGAGGCUAAGAGUUGGUGCAUAAUUAAUCAAAAUGUUGGCCAUAUUCCACAAAGCUUUUGCUCAUCCACCUGAAGAGCUGAACAGUCCUGCAUCUUACAAAGGUUCCAAGAAGCCUAAGGUUCCUGAGGAAACUCUCAAAGAUUUCCUUUCCCACCAUCCUCACAACACUUGCUCCAUGAGCUUUGGUGAAGCUGCUGUGCUAGCUUAUGUUCGUCCUGAUCAAUCCUUCUCUCGUCAUCAAAGGUUGUUUUGUGGGAUUGAUAACAUAUACUGUCUCUUCUUGGGGAGCUUGAACAAUUUGUCCCUACUCAACAAGCAAUAUGGAUUGUCAAAGAGUACUGACGAGGCCAUGUUUGUGAUUGAAGCUUAUAAGACUCUCCGUGACCGGGGUCCAUACCCUGCAGAUCAAGUGGUCAAGGAACUUGAUGGCAGUUUUGCUUUUGUUGUCUAUGACAGCAAGGUUGGCAGUGUCUUUGCAGCACUGGGUUCUGAUGGAGGAGUGAAGUUGUAUUGGGGUAUUGCAGCUGAUGGAUCUGUGGUGAUCUCUGAUGAUCUAGAAGUCAUAAAAGAGGGUUGUGCCAAAUCCUUUGCUCCCUUUCCAACAGGGUGUAUGUUUCACAGUGAAGGAGGUCUGAUGAGUUUUGAGCAUCCAAUGAACAAGUUGAAGGCAAUGCCAAGGGUGGACAGUGAAGGGGCCAUGUGUGGGGCCAACUUCAAAGUUGAUAAGUUCGCCAGAGUCAACAGCAUUCCUCGAGUGGGAAGUCAAUCCAAUUGGAUGGAAUGGGACCAACAUUAGCUUAGAAAUAAAACCUUAGGAUAAUGUAAAAUAAAAAAGUGCCAUCUAUGUAUGUUCCUUUCCUAACUUACCAUUCUGAAUUUGUUUUGUUUUCUGCUUGCUUGUGUUAAUUGUUUUCCCGUUUCCCUUUCCGGCAUUGUACAUAUUGAAUUACUUUUUCAUACAUGUUAAUUGUUGAUCAUGGUACUUGUGAGUGAGAGAGAUUAACACGGUUCAAGUCAGGAACUUCUGUAUCACAGUGUUAAGAUCGAUGCACUGAGUGGGUCAUAGGAAUUUUAAUGUAACAUGGAUGACAUAAUCUACAAAAUGGAAAUAAAUGGAUGAACAAGGGCAAACUUGAGUUACUGCA